AUGUAUCACGACCAGUGGCUGGGACGAACUUUCUUCCGUCUCUCUCUAAUCUCUGUCUACAUUUCGUCUGAAGAAUUCGCUUCGCGCAUUCUCUAUUCAUAUCUAUCUAUCUAUCUAUCUAUCUAUCCGAGUCUAUUCAUUAUCUAUCUAUCUAUCUAUCUAUCUAUCUUUCCUCUUUCUUUUCUCCCCUUCCUUGUAUAUCACCCUUUCCGCUCUCGUUUCUCCUCUUCUUUGUACAUCACUCUCUCUCUCUCUUUUCUUCCCUUCCUUGUACAUCAUUCUUUCCUCUCUCUCUCUCUCUCUCUUCUCUGCCAUUCAUUGUACGUAACUCUUUCUUCUCCUCGUUUCCGCUUCCUUGUACAACACUCUUCCCUCUCUCUCUCUCUCUCUUCUCCCCUUUCUUUACAACAAUCUUUCCUCUCUCUCUCUCUCUCUCUCUAUCUCUCUCUUUUCUUCCCUUCCUUGUACACCAUUCUUUCCUCUCUCUCUCUUUUCUGCCCUUCAUUGUACGUAACUCUUUCUUCUCCUCGUUUCCGCUUCCUUGUACAACACUCUUCCCUCUCUCUCUCUCUCUCUUUUUCCCCUUUCAUUACAACACUCUUUCCUCUCUCUCUAUCUCUCUCUCUUUUCUUCCCUUCCUUGUACAUCAUUCUUUCCUCUCUCUCUCUCUCUUCUCUGCCCUUCAUUGUACGUAACUCUUUCUUCUCCUCGUUUCCGUUUCCUUGUACAACACUCUUCCCUCUCUCUCUCUCUCUCUUUUCCCCUUUCAUUACAACACUCUUUCCUCUCUCUCUAUCUCUCUCUCUUUUCUUCCCUUCCUUGUACAUCAUUCUUUCCCCUCUCUCUCUUUUUUGCCCUUCAUUGUACGUAACUCUUUCUUCUCGUUUCCGCUUCCUUGUACAAAACUCUUUUCUCUCUCUCUCUCUCUCUCUUUUCUUUUCUUCCUUGUACAUCACUCUUUCCGCCCUCUUUUCUCCCCUUCCUUGCACGUCACUCCUUUCUUUUCUUUUCUCCCCUUUCUUGAACGUCACUCUUUCCUUUCUUUUCUACCCUUCCUUGCACGUCACACUUCCCUCUCCCUCUCUCUCUCUCUUUCUCUCUCUUUAUGCCCCUCCUUUGAACGUCACUUUUUUCUUUCUUUUCUACCCUUCCUUGCACGUCACCCUUCCCUCCCUCUCUCUCUCUCUUUACUCCCCUUCUUUGAACGUCACUCCUUUCUUUUCUACUCUUCCUUUUACGUUACUCUUCCCUCUCUCUCUCUCUCUCUCUUUUCUCCCCUUUCUUGUACAACAUUCUUUCCUCUCUCUCUCUCUCUCUCUCUCUCUUUUCUUUCCUUCCUUGUACAUCACUCUUUCCGUCCUCUUUUCUACCCUUCCUUGUACAUCACUCUUUCCGUCCUCUUUUCUACCCUUCCUUGUACAUCACUCCUCCCCCACUCUCUCUUUUCUCCCCUUCCUUGAACGUCACUUUUUCCUUUCUUUCCUCCCCUUCCUUGAACGCCACUCUUUCCUUUCUUUUCUACCCUUCCUUGUAAGUCACACUUCCCUCUCUCUCUCUUUAAUCCCCUUCCUUGAACGUCACAUUUUUCUUUCUUUCCUACCCUUCCUUGUACGUUACUCUUUCCUCUCUCUAUUUUUCCCCUUCCUUGUACAUUACUUUUUCCUUUCUUUUCCCCUUCCUUGUAAAUCACUUUUCUCUCUCUCUUUUCUCCUCUUCCCACUGCUACACUCUUCCUCAUUCUUUCCUCUGUUUCCCAUUCCUCUCCCUAUUCUCAUUUCCCCCUCCUUCUUCUCCUCCUCCUUCGUUUUCCUUCUCUCCCUUCUUCUUCUUCUUCUGUCUCCUCCUCCUUCUUCUCAUCAUAUUUCUUCUUCUUCUUCUUCUUCUUCUUCUUCUUCUUCCGAUUCUCCUCUUUUUUCUUCCUCACACUUUUCUUCUUUUCUGCUUCCUUUAGCUGUUUUUCUUUUUCCUCUCCCUCGCUAUUUUCCUCUUGCUCUUCCUCUUUUCCCCCUCCCUCAUUCUUCUUCUUCUUCUUCUUCUUCUUCUUCUUCUUCUCAUUAUUAUUAUUAUUCCGGUUCCUCUCUUUCUUCUUCCCCACUCUUUUCUUCUCCUUCCCUUCUUUCCCAUCAUCUUUUUUCCACUCUCUUCCCUUCUUUCUCCUCCGCCAAGCUCUUCUCCACUUCCUCCUUUCCUCUUACCCCGCCCCAUAGACCUCAUUCUUUUCUCCCUUUUCCUUUGCUUCAAAAUUUACCUCCUCCUCCCAUUACUAUCAUUUACGUUCCGUCUUUGAAUAAUCACUUUACUCUCUCCACUGUUUGUAACACAAUUUUUGCCCUCUCUCUUUUUUCUCUCUGUCUUUUCACUCUCUUAACACUCUAUUUUUACUCUCUCUCUCUCUUUUAA